AUGAUGGUUCCAGAUAAUGAAAGAUUUUAUGCCCAUCUGAAAUCUUAUUAUUACUUUGAUUACGUUAAAAGACUUAAAGAUGACAAUACAGAUAUAUUUCCUCGAGAUACUCCUGCGGAAAAUCCAAAAAUUUGCAUCAUCGGUGCCGGAUUAGCCGGUUUAUUCUCGGCACUUCUCUUGAAAGAAGCAGGAAUCAAGGACAUUACCAUUCUUGAAUAUCAAGGUCGCGUUGGUGGACGAGUUCUUACUCACUACUUUACCGCUGACCCUGAUGACGAAAGACGUUUAUACGGUGAAAUUGGUGCAAUGAGGUUACCUUACGUUGAAGGCCGUCCCGAGCUUUCCCCCCAUCAAUUAGUUUUUGAUACUAUUUAUUACUUGAACGAGUACAAUAAGGAUGACCAAAAGAAGCAGAUCAAAACUAUCCCCUAUAUAUUUAGUGAUUCAAAUGCCAUAUAUUAUUUCAACAACAAAAAAGGUCAUACUGAUAAAUUGAUGACCAAAAAUUAUUCUGCGACUGUAGAAGCCAGUCAACUAGGAUACCCUGAUUCAAUCCCAUCCAACUUUCUCGAUCUGUGGAAUGAAGCAUUACAGCCAUUCUUUGAUGUCUUAAAUACCGAUUUCACAAAAGGACUUAAAAUGUUAAAACGUUACUAUCAAUAUUCCGUCUAUUCUUAUCUAAAGGAAGUCUUUCUUCCUGCACGAUUACCGAAACAGGCGGAAGAUUAUGAUGAAAUUAUAAGUGCUAUUGAAUUGCAAAUAGCGGGCAUAGGAAUGAAUUACAUAAUUAUUUAUUUUGAUAUUUCAACUGUCCAUAUG